GUUUAUCACCGAAAUCACACAAAAUUCUACGAUUUAUCAAAUAUUUCUUUUUUACACACUUUCUCUAAACUCUAGACGCGCUUUCUGUUCGCAGUUUGGGGUUUUUAGUGAAACCGUUUACAUUUAUUGCUGUGAUUAAACUCGCGGAAAUGUAACUAGAUGAAUGGAGUCAGAGGGCGUUUUGUUGUUGUCUCGUGAUGAGAACAGAAUCCAGACUAUAACACUUCUACAAUGGAAUCACCGAGACAGAACCGUUUGACCCUGUGACCCGGACACCGUGACCCGGACACCGUGACCCGGACACCGUGACCCGGACACCGUGACCCGGACACCGUGACCCGGACACCGUGAGCCGGACACUGUGACCUGGACACUGUGACCCGGACACUGUGACCCGGACACUGUGACCCGGACACUGUGACCCGGACACCGUGAGCCGGACACUGUGACCUGGACACUGUGACCCGGACACCAUGACCCACCAGUGUACAGUUUGCCUGAAACACUUUGAUUUUGUUUCCAAGCUCCGGCGUCACCAGCUCACACACUCGGGUCAGAGACCUUUCACCUGUUACAUUUGCCUGAAAUCGUUCCUGCAGUCGGCUCAUUUGAAAGGACAUCUGAAAAGUCAUUCGAAGUUGAGGAAGGUUUCGCUCAUCGUAUCGCGAACGAUUCAUUCUCAGAUAUCCUUCACCGGAACGGAGGGAGGUUACGGCCGACAUGCUGGAGCCGAGCUUGGUGAUGAAAGUCUGUGGUACGGUUCUCUUCAGACAAGCAAUGAGAGUGGAUUCGGAAAGCAGAAUCAUGGCUUGAACGAGCAGAACCACGGGAAGCUCCAGAUAAGUGAUAAUGGACAGAUGUGUGAGUUUGUACAGGGGAGUUAUGAUGGAUAUGGAGACAUGCCUCAUGAAGAAAGCUUCCAAAAUGGUCAGUAUUCAGAGUGUCCUACAAUCCUGCCUAAUUCAGCAACCACAGGGUCCUGUGUGGAACAACAAGAACAUCUGGGAGCAAUUUACGUCACAGAAGACACACAAAAACCGGGUUCUUGUAUAGAGGAACAAACGGCUCAGGUGUCCGCUCGGCACCAGUGUUCAGUGUGUCUGAAAUGUUUUUCUGCACCAUCCAAACUUAAGCGUCACGUUUUAAUCCACGGCAGUCUUAGGCCUUUUUGCUGUGAGUUCUGUCCUAAAGCUUUCCGACAGCUCACUCACUUAAAAGUGCAUCUAUCCACUCAUUUUUCACAGAGACUAAAACAAGCGAAAGAAGUUAUUCCUGUUAACGCUGGCUCUCAGAAUCCACAGACUCAUCCACUGGACACCGCGAACACACCCGAGUAUCGCUCGAAACCUUCAAAGAGACUGUGGACAGAAGAAGCCGGAGAGCUUGGGAAGGAGCUGAACGGAUCGGAGAACGUUCACACAGAACCGUUUCCUGAACAUGUGAAAAGAGUAAAGGGUUUAAACACUGCUGCUGCUGAGGAUCGGACUAGAAGUAAAAUAAUGCACGAAUGCCCAGUGUGCCGAAAGUGUUUCAGUGCCCCGUCAAAGCUGAGAAGACAUUGUCUCAUUCACACGGGUCAGAGACCCUUUCAGUGUUCCUUGUGCUCCCGGGCAUUUAGGCAACUUUCCCACCUCAAGGCGCACCACAGCGUUCACACUGCCCCCAGAAAGACUUUAACAUCCUCGCUCCAGCCUCAGCCUGGUACCAGUCGAACAUCCAAGGCUAGGCUAAAGCGUUUUGUACACAUCAGCCUUGCUAGGAAGUUGAAAGCUGUGAAACAGAAGCUGAAAAUAUCUUCUGCACUUUCCAGUCUAUCACCUGCUGCAAAAGUUAUGAACAAUGAGAAUAUUUCAGAAGCUGAUGUCAUCAGAUCCUCUCCAGACCAAGAGAUCAGCCGUAGACAAGAUUACUCCUGUUCUGUUUGUUCAAAACACUUCAGCGCUCCUUCCAAACUUCGACGCCACCUCCUGAUUCACACAGGACAACGACCUUUCAGAUGCUCGCUGUGCUUUAGAGGCUUCAGACAGAAAUCCCACUUGCAGGUUCAUAAGUGUAAAGGAGAAAGCAGAGACACGCUUCAGUCUAGCAUAAGUGAGGUCCAUCUGAGAGACCCUGCGAGAUCCAGAUCUGCUGUGAGCAUCAGACAGGGGGAUGAGGUUGGAAAGGAGAAUUUCAUAUCCAGCUGUGGAAUAGGAGACAGGUAUGAUUGCUCACCUAGUGCUGGACAUGCAUCCGAUUCUGUCCCAGAGGACAGUAAAGAUCUCGCAUCACUUCCUUACGAAGCCAUAUCCAGGCCUCUGGAUGAAGCAAAUCAGGCUAAAGAUUCUGGAUACCAGUGCACAAUAUGCUUCAAAAUAUUUGACUUUCCUUCCAAACUCUCUAGGCAUCUCCUCAUCCACAUGAACGUCAAGCCGUUCAAGUGUAGCAUCUGCAGCAAGUCCUUCAGGCAGCUCUGCCACCUACAGAGUCACUCCAAGGUUCAUAUGGGUGGAAAGAGCUUGAUCUGCCAAGGAACUUACAAGAGCGAGAUGGAAACCUUCAUCCCUGAGACAUCUGAGACAUUCAGUGAAACAAAUAACUGUUCAAAAGAAUCUGAAAAACUUCCAGCGGCAGAGAGACCAGAUCUUUCCUGUGACCAUCAGAAUAUGAAUCCAGCUAAUACUUCUUCACUCUCCUGUUCCAUGAACAUAGAGGAAUUCACACCAAGCACCGUGAGCACCAGCUCGCUGCUUGAAGUCCACAAAGGUGAAGAGUCUUCCAGCCAGAUGAAGAGGAAUGCAAACCAGUGCAUCUUCUGUCUGAAGACUUUUGAUUUUCCAUCAAAGCUUUCCAGACAUUUGCUGGUCCACACCGGAAUCAGACCCUACAAAUGCCAUGUCUGCUACAAGUCCUUCAAGCAGCUCAGCCAUCUUCAGUGUCACCAGUGGGUCCACAAUAGAAAAGAUAAGAGUGAGCUCGAAGCUAGUAUUAGUUUCAUCUCCUCUGAUGGGACCAGUCUGACUGAUGAUCUAGACCUUCAUCAGGAGAGUUCUGAAAGUUUAGCCAUGAUAAAUCAAGGUCAUGAUGGAUAUACUGUGCAGGUCCACCAACAGAAAUGGAUUUCUGAAGACAACAACUGCUGUUCUUCUGAUUCAGGUCAAGGUGAGAGCAAGGUCAAGUCUGAGACUAAUCUUCUGGUGGAUAAAUCACAUAAUUCAGAUCCGUUUGACUCUGAUAGUACUUCAAGUGCAGUAUUUUACAAAUGUCUGGAUCAACAGACUGAAAAAUUGGAGAAUAAGGAUUAUAAACACUGCUUGAACAUAACAGGUGAAGUUUUCCCAUCUGCUGCUGAUAGAACAACCAGGAUUCCAGUUUGGAAUAGUAUGGAUCAACAAGAAAGCUUUGAAACUAGAGAUCCUGCUCCACUUGCCCACAAGAUUGAGAGGACAAAUCAGCACCUGGUAGAACCUCCAAAUGACCUUCCUAUUUGUCCUUCCUGCAGCCAGUGCUUCGAUUCAUUGCAGAAACUGAACACUCACAAUUGUCCAGUCCACUGUGCUAAGCAGAGACUCUCAAAGUCCUACCAGUGUGCAGUUUGCUUCAAAAGCUUCGAAGCACCUUCUAAGCUUAAGAGACACUAUGUGAUACACACAGGACAGAGACCAUAUCGCUGUAACAUGUGUGAGAAAGACUUCACCCAAUCAAGUCAUCUCAAAACACACAUGAUGUCCCACAGGUAGCAUCUCCAUGGUGUUCCAGCUCAAAGCAUAAAAUACAGUUCAAAAGAAACGUGUGUGUAUGUGUUACCGUCUGAGGGAAGUUCUCCCAGGCUCUCUCUGGGGUUUCUGUGGCUGUUGUGUGGAUCGGAUAAGCCAAAUUGCCUCUAGGUCUGAAGGAGUGUGUGAUGAUGGGUCCACCUCACAACCACUGGGAACGGCAUCAGAUCCACAAGCUCCUGGACCAAAAUAUGGAAAAGGUACACAAAUGUUUAGUGAAUGUUGAGUCCAGUUCUAUUCAGUCAUUUCUAAAAUUGGUGUUUUUAUUAAAGACAAAGAUAAAAAUGUUUAAUUUGAAAUUAAUUCAAGUUAUUUUUUUGAAUUGUUGUAAUACUACAAAAAUUUAAAUUUCCAUCUUGACAUAAUUUCAUUAACAAUUUUUAAUUGAUGAUAUGUUAAAUGGAUAAAGAGGGAUUUUUUUUGUUGCUGCUGGCAGUGACAGUUCACCGAGUUCCAGCUGCUGUUGUGCUGGAAACAUCUGUAUUUACUUUACACCAGAUCCUGAUUGGGUCAGAUCCUACCUGUUGAUUAUUAACACUUUAGUCUUUUAUGAAAAAUACAGUUAGACAAAGUGAUGGAAUGAAACAUCAUCUGACACAGCUUUACACCUGACCAUUGAUAUUUUAACCUGUUUAUGGUUUUUAAUGUAAAUUAUCUCUUAAUUUAUUCUUAUCUUCACAGUUUCACAAUUCGCUUUAAUGUUAUGAUACUGGAACUGUAAAUGAGACUGUUUUAAUAUGUUAUGUUGAUAACUGAUAAAAUACUUUCUGAAUGUUGAUAUUAAUGAUUACUUUCUAUUUAUAUUUCACUAAUGACAAAAUUAAAAUAGCUUUAAAAUAAAUAACAAAAUC